AUGCCUGAGCCUACGCCCGGUCUGUCCCUAUUGCCCAUCGUGAUACGCCCCACGCUGAUGCACACUCUUCAUGAGGAUCAGCCUCGAAAAUUCACAUACACGCGUGUCCUCGCGCCGCAACGAUCCCGCAGGGCCGCAGGGGCCAGGCUUGUCUCCGCCGGUUUCCUGCACGCACACCCCGGCUCCGCAGCGUUCAUUUCAGGAGCCACUAUGGGAAGUAUAGAGGCCGCACCAGUCUGGGAAAGAUUGUCAAAGCUGCAAGUCGCCCAUCAGGACUCGCGGGCGUCGAUGUGUUGUGCCGUGGCAGAUGCGUUGUAUCAUGAUGCUAUACAUGAGCAUUUCGGGCCAUGUAUUCUCAAUCUCGAGGGUCUGUUGGUACUCGAGAGCCUCGGGACCGAAACCGGGUGGUGGAGUGCGGAUACAAAGGGUCUGGGUACGAGACAAGGCUUCGGCAUCAAAUGA